AUGUUUGGUGCGCUCACGUGUUGCGCUCCAACGGACAGGGAAGUCCGUAAACAGGACAGGGAUGAAGACAGGGAUGAGGACAGGGAUGAGGACAGGGAUGAAGACAGGAAUGAAGACAGGGAUGUCUGUACACUAGACAGGGAUGAGGACAAUGAUGAAGCUAGGGAUGAAGACAGGGAUGUCUGUACACAAGACAGGGAUGAAGACAGGGAUGAGGACAGGGAUGAAGACAGGGAUGUCUGUACACAAGACAGGGAUGAAGACAGGGAUGAAGACAGGGAUGAAGACAGGGAUAAAGACAGGGAUGUCUGUACACUAGACAGGGAUGAGGACAAUGAUGAAGACAGGGAUGAAGACAGGGAUGAAGAUGAAGACAGGGAUGAAGACAGGGAUGAAGACAGGGAUGUCUGUACACAAGACAGGGAUGAACACAGGGAUGAGGACAGGGGUGAAGACAGGGAUGAAGACAGGGAUGUCUGUACAAAAGACAGGUAUGAAGACAGGGAUGAGGACAAUGAUGAAGACAGGGAUGAAGACAGGGAUGUCUGUACACAAGACAGGGAUGAAGACAGGGAUGAGGACAGGGAUGAAGACAGGGAUGAAGACAGGGAUGAAGAUGAAGACAGGGAUGAAGACAGGGAUGUCUGCACACAAGACAGGGAUGAAGACAGGGAUGAUGACAAUGAUGAAGACAGGGAUGAAGACAGGGAUGUCUGUACACAAGACAGGGAUGAAGACAGGGAUGAGGACAGGGAUGAAGACAGGGAUGAAGAUGAAGACAGGGAUGAAGACAGGGAUGAAGACAGGAAUGAAGACAGGGAUGAAGACAGGGAUGAAGAUGAAGACAGGGAUGAAGACAGGGAUGUCUGCACACAAGACAGGGAUGAAGACAGGGAUGAUGACAAUGAAGAAGACAGGGAUGAAGACAGGGAUGUCUGUACACAAGACAGGGAUGAAGACAGGGAUGAGGACAGGGAUGAAGACAGGGAUGAAGAUGAAGACAGGGAUGAAGACAGGGAUGUCUGUACCCUAGACAGGGAUGAGGACAAUGAUGAAGACAGGGAUGAAGACAGGGAUGUCUGUACACAAGACAAGGAUGAAGACAGGGAUGAGGACAAUGAUGAAGACAGGGAUGAAGAAAGGGAUGUCUGUACACAAGACAGGGAUGAAGACAGGGAUGAGGACAGGGAUGAAGACAGGGAUGAAGACAGGGAUGAAGAUGAAGACAGGGAUGAAGACAGGGAUGUCUGUACACAAGACAGGGAUGAAGACAGGGAUGAUGACAAUGAUGAAGACAGGGAUGAAGACAGGGAUGUCUGUACACAAGACAGGGAUGAAGACAGGGAUGAGGACAGGGAUGAAGACAGGGAUGAAGACAGGGAUGAAGAUGAAGACAGGGAUGAAGACAGGGAUGAAGACAGGGAUGUCUGUACACAAGACAGGGAUGAAGACAGGGAUGAAGACAGGGAUGAAGACAAGGAUGAAGACAGGGAUGAAGACAGGGAUGAGGACAGGGAUGAAGACAGGGAUGAAGACAAGGAUGUCUGA